AUGGAAACGUCAAGGAGAGAUUCGAAUGAAGAGACUAAAAGAACUAUAAUGGAGUCUGACUCUAGGAGCACUUCAGUACAGAGUUCGUCUUCAUCAGGGGGAAGUAUGACUCCGUAUAGCCAUAGUCCCCGGAACUCUGUUCCCCCAAUAACGGUAAGUGAGGAAGAUAUGGGACCUAUGAAUGAUCGAUUUAAGUUUUCUGAUAUUAGAAGUGUUGAGAAUAUGGUCAGAAGGCUCUCAACAGACAGUCUACCAAGGUCAAGAGCAAGUAAGACGCAUUUUCAGUAUGCAACGACAGCAUAUGAUGUGCGCAUGCUGAGUAAAGAUAUUGUAAAUAAGAAAGUUGAACUAGAUGUUGAGACUGUGAUGAUCAUAUGUAAGGUUGAUGAUCAGUCUGUUAUUUUACUAAUGAGAGAAUUGGUAGAAUGGAUAUUGGUUCGGUAUCCCAUGAUUACAGUCUAUGUAGAGGAAAUUUUCAAGACAUCUAAAUUAUUUGAUGCAGAUGAUUUAUUUAAAGAUGUUAAAUGUAGGAAUUCUAGGUUAAAAUAUUGGACUCCAAAAUUCAUAAAUGAGAAUGAUGUCUUUUUUGAUCUAGUGAUCACUAUGGGGGGCGAUGGUACGGUAUUAUUUGCCUCCCAUUUGUUUCAAAAGCAUGUUCCACCGAUAUUGUCAUUUUCAUUAGGCUCACUUGGUUUUUUAACUAACUUCAGUUUUGAGCAUUUCAAAGAGGAAUUGCCCUUAAUUUUGAACAGUAAGAUUAAAACAAAUUUGAGAAUGAGACUUGAAUGCAAAAUAUAUAGAAGGCAAAAAGUUACUAUGGACAACAGCACAGGGCGUAAGGUAUGCUAUAUGAAAUUAGAGUCUACCCGCCAUGUUUUAAACGAACUCACUAUAGACAGGGGUCCAAGUCCCUUCAUUUCGAUGCUGGAGCUUUAUAGUGAUAAUGAUUUAAUGACUGUAGCACAAGCUGAUGGUCUAAUUGUUGCCACACCAACAGGUUCAACUGCAUACUCCUUAAGUGCGGGUGGAUCUUUGAUAAAUCCGGGUGUUAAUGCAAUUGCUGUCACACCCAUUUGUCCGCACACACUAAGUUUCAGGCCAAUUAUCUUGCCUGAUAGUAUUGAACUGAAAAUUCAAGUGUCCUUGAAAUCAAGAGGUACUGCAUGGAUUGCAUUUGAUGGUAGACCUAAGAUUGAACUAAAUCGGGGUGACUAUGUUACUGUUUCAGCGUCUCCUUUCUCGUUCCCAACAGUAGAGGCUAAACCUAGCGAUUUCGUAGACAGCAUUAGCAGAACUUUAGGGUGGAAUGUUAGAGAAAAGCAAAAAUCUUUCUCACACGUCUUAUCUUUGAAGAAUCAAGAAAAGUAUGAGAAUGAAUCAUACAGAAAUAAAAGAGAGCUCGAAAAUGAAGAAGCUGAAGAGGAAAUUUUGUUGGACGAAAGUGGUGAAAUUACCGCUAGAAAUCUUAUUAAAGUCCCAGCAGACAUUGAUAGUGCUAGUAAAAGACAUCACAAAAGCCCUUUAGGGAAAACAAUACCCACAAAAAGUAGACGUAUGUCAGCAGGAUUUACUCUAGAGUAG